AUGAAUCUGAUUUUUGAACCACCUUCAAAUAGCGAACUCCCUUCGUCUUUGACGUGUUGGGAUGUUGAGAUUUUAGAUGACUUGCUAGUGCAACGUGAUCGUCAACUGGUGCAGCUGAUUCCAAUUCAACCACGCUCGGACAGGGAUACUUUGUAUUGGUCCAAGGAUUUAUCGGGCUUGUACACGGUUAAGAGCGCUUACAACCUCCUACAAGAGUUAAAUGGUGAAGUUGUUAUUGAUGAUUCGGUUGUGGAUCGUUUUUGGGGGAGAUUAUGGCAAUUAAAAAUCCCUCUGAAGAUGAAGAACCUGUUAUGGAGAGCUGCCAAAUGUUGUCUCCCAACUAUGUAUCAGUUGCAAUUGAAGCGUGUGGAGGUCGACAUUUUAUGUCCUGUGUGUUUGUUAGAAGCUGAAACCAUUUCCCAUGCGCUUCUCACUUGCCCUGCUGCUAUCCUUUGUUGGAACCGGGUGGGUAUUGGGACAAUAAUGCAGCAAGAUAUGUCCUUUUUGGAUUGGUGUAUUAGGCAGUUUCUGGUGUUAGAUGUGGAGCGAACCAGCUUGCUUGUGGCUCAAUGCUGGGCCAUUUGGAAUGCAAGAAAUGACAAGGUAUGGCAAAACAAGUCAGUCGGAGCGGAUAGUAACGAUUUAUUGUUCAUUGGGUAUAUUCCGGGGGACGGGGCUGAGCAAUGGGUCGCUCCAAGUGCAAAUAGUAUUAAGAUUAAUGUCAAUGCAACUGUAUUUAAUGAGACCCACAACUAUGGUGUUAGUGUUGUAGCCCGGCACUCAAAUAGGUUAUUGGUGGAAGGUUGUACCAAAUUAUUUCAAGGUUCGGUGGACUCUAUGGUGGCUGAAGCAAUUGGGUUCGGAAAGCCUUGA